UAUUUUAUUUAAAUAAAAAAAAUUCAAGAAUCCCGGUACGUCAAUGGCUUCGAUGCUGGCACUGGCAGCAUCACGAUAGAGAUGAAGAGAGUACAAUUUGCACAUGGCACGUCAGUCUUCUCGUCGUCCAAAUUAAUUAAAAGCCGGAAACCAAUUAAGCCAGCCAGCCAGCCUACCCAACAUCACAUCGCAGGUACUUCCUACCUGCAAUCGCAAAUUCGCAAUGGCCUCGGCGGCGGCGGCGGUGGACGCGGUGGCGGCUCUCUUCUCGCUGAUCAUGGCCGUGGCGGCGCCGCUGUUCGACUCCCAGGUCGUCCUCCCGGUCAGCCUCUACCCGGCGCCGCUGGUGGACAUCUUCCGGUGGUUCACCGCCGAGUUCGACAACUACGUCGUGGCCGACGCGCCGCCUUUCCUCCGCGGCCUCGUCUGGCUCGACCUCGCCUUCCUCUGGCCGGUCAGCGUCGCCAACCUCUACGGCAUCCUCGCUCGCCGACGCUGGUCCGCCGCCACCUCCCUCAUGGCCGGUGUCUACAUGCUCACCUACCUGUCUGCAAUGUUUGGGGAGAUGUUGGGUUCAGGGAGAGCAACGCCGAAGCUGCUUGGGUUGUACCUUCUGUUCCUUGUUUUCGCUGUAGCUUCAGUUGCGCGUGGCCUCUGCUCCUGCUCAACACAGGCUACACCGGCGGCAGCAGGUCCUUCGUCGCCUGCACUUGCUGCUCGGAAGAAGAGGGUCUAGAUCCCUGAUCACGCCAUGUCUGGAAGUCUUGUAUUGGGGUCCAAAACCUCUGAAAAUUGACAUAAUGUUCAGAAGUUUUUACGACACGGAUUGCGUUUUGCUAUUUGGAUGACAGUCAUCGACGUACUAAACAUGGCUGAAGAUGCCAAGUAGAAUGAGAUAUGACAGUCCUUUUCUUA